AUGCUGAUUUCUGAGAUUGCUGUCGACCAACCGGUUCCAGCUCAGAAAUCUCUUGAGCUCCUCGAACAGUAUAACCUUUUACUGGCCGUUAUGCUCACUUUUGGGCGACCUAAUCUACAGUUUGAUCUUUAUAUUUGGCCAAGCUCUCGCAGGGACUCGCCAGCUGUGGUUGAGAAGGACGCAUCUGUUGUCGGCUCAGAUUUUCAGGAUUCCACCCAGCUACUCCCCACAGACUGUUUCUAUAGCCAGGUUGGUUUACAUUAA